AUGGAAUUUGCUACAAUUAUUGUCUUGGUAAUUGUUUUCGUAGACUAUGUGGUCUCUGGGGACUUUAGGGGUUUUGAGGUUGUGGGGUCGUGUCUGGAUCCCUACAGUUUCAAUGGUGGACCAUUGAGGACAGCUGUGGGUCACACGGCAACAUCCUGUGCCAUCCUAUGCAGUGGGGAGACGCGAUGUCAUUCCUUCACCUUCAGGAAAUCCUGUUCGACCUGUUUCCUCCAUCAUGCUUACAUCCCUUACUGGCCCUGUGACAAACCUGGCGACAUCCACUACAACGACGUUCACAACCCCUGUCUUCACGGCGGAGAUUACAAUCCUGGUACAAGCACCUGUAAAUGCUUCGGGGGAUACAAGGGGGAUAUCUGUGGGCAAGUGAUGGAAGACUGUUCCGAUGGAAUGGCUUAUUACUACGGUCAGAAUGGCGAAUUUAUCAUUCAACCUAAUCUGUCUCCCCUACCGUUUAUUGUCUACUGUGAAAUGAACUUUGGUGGGCGAACCACAAUCCUGAAACAGAAAACUGGUAAUGAAAACUUCAACAGACCAUGGGAUGACUACAAGAAUGGAUUUGGAAACAUUUCAGGAGAUCACUGGCUGGGCAAUGACUACAUCCACUACAUCAGCUACAGCAGAAAACACUCACUCUUGGUACAGGUUGAAACGGGAAGCAGCUAUCAUGACUAUUACAUACAGGACUUUGGAGUGGAUGAUGAAUCAAGUAAUUAUAACCUGACGUUUGGGUCACACUUCACCAGUGACAAGUAUCAUGAAUCCCUCGAAGACUGUCUAGGACCUUUGUCCGGUUCAUCAUUCAGCACCCCGGAUCGUGACAAUGACAACAGUGCUCGGAACUGCGCUCAGGACUUUCAGUCAGGCUGGUGGUUCAAAGACUGCUCCACCUGCAAUCCCACAGGCGUUUAUGAGGCAUCACCCGUUGGUGGACAAGCUGGAGCAGCUGACAGUAACCUCCACUGGACACCAGGGCAGGGUCUGGGAAACCGGUCCCCAAGGCAGAUGAUCUUGUACCUGGUCUACAACAACCCAGAUACUUGGGGAUAAGCUGCAAGCU